GCUGCUUAAAUAACAAUCAAUGAGUCGUUUAAAAAUCUCGCUCCAUUUCAUCGAAUUAUGUAUCAUAUUUAAUUGUGCGCACACGGGACUUUAUAUUCGGACGGCAGGUCGUCCUAAUCAGCAAGGUGACGGCUUGGCAGCAUACGGUCAACAAACAAUAAAAUAACACAAUCACAAAAGAAAAUCUCCACAGAGCGACGCAGUUUUGGCGCGCGUUGCGCUUCAAAGAGAAAACGGCACGUGCUUGUUUUGCAAUUAAAAUAUGAACGAGGGUCGCUAUGGCAGAUUUGGAGCACUCAUUGGCGUUGCAUACGUGAGCAGCACCCACUGCCGCUUUCUGAUUUAUUCAACAAAGAAUGCUGAAGUUUUGGCCUAUCACGAACUGAAACUGCGUCAGAUCGUCCAUAAUGCAGGCUGGCUGGAAUACGAUCCCGCCGAGAUAUGGAAACACAUGCAGGAGUGCAUUGAGACUGCGUAUAAAAACUUGGUGAUACUGGAAAUCAGUCCGCAUGACAUCAUUGCGGUCAGCAUUGUCAAUCAGCGCGGCACCACAGUCCUCUGGCACAAGCAGACGGGUCAGGCACUGCACAAUGCAAUCGGUUGGUCCGAUUGCCGGUGCACUCAAAUCCUCAAAUCCCUGCUGCAUAAUGUGAAGCGCAAUGUGAAUUAUGUGCGCGGUCGCAGUGGCUUACCGCUAAGUAGCUGCUUUAGUGCCCUCAAAAUCAAAUGGUUGUUGGAGCAUGUGCCAGCGGUGGCAAAGGCUGUCGAGGAUGAGCAGUGUUUGUUUGGCACGCUGGAUUCCUGGCUGAUAUGGAAUCUAACUGGUGGCGUCGAUGUGGGCGUGCAUUCGACGGAUGUGACAAACGCACAUUACACUUCCCUGAUGAAUGUCGCGUCGCAGCAGUGGGAUGCCAAGUUGUGUAAUUUCUUUAAACUGCCAAUGGGAAUACUGCCACGCAUCCGCUCCAAUUCAGAGAUCUACGGGUAUAUUGUGGAGGGCCCGCUAUUGGGUGUGCCCAUUGCUGGCGUGAUAAGUGAGCAGCCGGCUGCUUUACUUGGCCAGCUGUGCGUCAAGGCUGGUCAGAAUGUCUGUACGCUGGAUGACAGUUGUUUUGUCCUGCUGAAUACUGCCCAACAGAUGGUCGAGUCGGAGAAUGGCUUGAUAACGGGCAUUGCGCACAAAUUGGGACCAACUGCCGCUACGCAUUUUACGCUAGAAGGCGCCAUCUCUAAUGCCGGUUCCACUGUCAACUGGUUGCGUAAGGGAUUACGCAUCAAUACCGAGAUCAAUUCCAAUGAUAAUGUUGUCGAAUCAUUGAACACAUUUAUUGGCGAGAACUCAAUGAUCUCCUCAUCCUGUUCCUCAAGCAUGCUGAAUGCGGAGUGUGGACUGGCGGCCAAGCGCUCGGAGAUCACAUUUGUGCCCGCUUUCCAUGGUUUAUAUGCGCCCUAUUGGCGCUAUGAUGCACGUGGCAUUAUCCUAGGUUUGACAAGUCAGACCACGGCGGAGAACAUUACCCAGGCCGCCUAUGAAGCAACCGGUUUCCAAAUCUACGAAGUGCUGCAAGCAUUCAAGCGCGACACACCCAACUGGGAUCCGGCGUGUAUGCAGCACGUGCUCACGUUCGGCGGCGAAUAUGCAGAGGAUACGCAUCUGGUGCAGUUUGUCGCUGACAUUAUCGGCUGGAUGUUGGAGCGGCCGCAGACAACAUCACCCGCUGGCAUCGGCGCCAUGAUAGCCGCUGGCGUGACCAUGCGCAUUGUCUCCUUGCCGUAUGCAACGCGUAUGUACGCGCCACCCACUGAUGUCUUCUCACCCACAACCACACAGAAUCGUCGAGAAUUGCUUUAUCGUCGCUGGGACUAUGCGGUGAAGAAGUGUCUGCAUUGGAACAAUUAUGCGACUUACGAGGCGGAUGUGGAGCUGUUUUCGCAACGUGAGCGUGAUCCCAAUUUGCCCAUACGUCGCUCCAUACCGGGCAGUGUGUUUCUGACCACAUCCUUUGCUAUGCUGUUGUUGGCCAGCUUUUUGAAGAGCAAUCGCUUGACUUAGGAGCAUGCUUUUAGGCGCCGGAUUAGUGCGUCCCAAAUAUUAUAUAUAUACAUAUACAUAUGAAAUCUAGUCACAGCUACAAUAUGUAUGUAUGUAGGCUCAUGUGCGCAUUCAAAAUUUAUUGUUUAGUUUAGCAAUUAAUCUGUAUAUUUAAGUUUACACAAUUCGAUACUCUUAGUGUAUAUUUUGUAGAUCAAAAGUUUUGUGAUUUGGUAUAUACGAAUGCUAUAUACAUAACUAUAACUCAAUAUUUGUAUACAUAUGCUCGUAUAUGGAUUAUAUACUCAUAGCGAGCUCAUAAUGCUA